AUGACGAAGACAUAUCGAUUGACCUACGAAUCAACGGAGGUAAUGCAUGCACUAUUCGAUCAAAGUGUCGCCAAGCAAGGCUGGCGAGUCUCAUCCAGAGUGCUGCGGGAGUAUAUCGAAUUUUUUGGUCCGAAGACCGAGCAGCUCGAUCUGGUGGCACAGGAAGGCAAGGCUAUAUUCACGAGCUUUACGGAGAAGAUCGAAAACGGAAAAUUGGUGUUGAAGCAGCCACUGGAGACUGCCAUUUCGCUACACACUGAGGAUUUCGAGGACUUUCAUAUGCAACAAGACAUGCAUAUCGUGAUUGCCGUCAAGGACUUCCGAGCCAUCGUCACCCAUGCCGAGACACUGCGAGGACCAAUCUCAGCCCAUUUCUCCUUCCCGACUCGACCCUUGCAAUUUAGCUACCAAAAUUUCGGCAUGCACUGCCAGUUCACCCUUAUGACGACUGGCGACAUACGGGGGGCAUCCUCCACUCCAGACCCCAAAUUCGUGUCCAACAGGAGUGCUUCACGUCAGCCAACAGCCGCGCCUUCUCAAGCCGUACCGAGCAGGAGCAUGUCUGAGAUGCCACCACCACCUCGACCUGGACCCAACAAAUCGCUAUCUAUGAGCCAGUGUCAGAGACCAUCGCUGAAGCCACAGUCGAGACAGCCUUCUGCAGCAGAAUCUGAGCCUGAUCCUGACAGCCUUUUCAUGCCUGGCGGCGAAGAAGAUCGGACAUGGGAUCCACCAAACUACGAACAGGAUGCUGGUGAGGAGAUGCUGGGCUGGGAUACCGGCAAUGAGCUUCCCAGUGCCAGCUUCCACCAGACAUUUCAAGACAGUGGAAGUGCUGCUAAGUCUCAGCCGAGGCGACGAGAGAUACCGCAAUACAGCCAAGAGGGACUGGAGCCAACGCAGCGUCUGUCGCAGCUUCAUGGCAUGUUCGAUUGA